GUUAACAAAUUUGCCGAAUGAUCCUUACAAGUUCGGCCAAUCGAGGUUAUUAAGAAGUAUCCUGCGGUUUUCGUUUAAUAUUUUGCGCAAAAAAAGCGGAUUUUAUGUUUUUUUAAAAUUUAAUAUGUCGAAUUUUAGAAAAACAGUAAUUUCAAAUUGCGAAAAGGAGUUCUUAUUAAAAAACUUAACAAAAUGGACGAGGUUAGACGGUCGUGCCUUUGAGGAAUUCCGGGACAUAAAAAUUGAGUUUGGAAGCGAUUGGGGAUGUUGUCAUGUGUCCUUGGGUAAAACGAAAACUCUUGCUCAAGUGUCUUGCGAAUUGCAGUACCCGAACGCUUCUCGACCAAACGAGGGGAUUUUAUAUAUUAAUUUGGAAUUAAAUCCAAUGGCUGAUCCCAAUUAUGAGGUUGGUCGACAAUCUGAUCUCUCAGCUCAAUUAAAUAGACUAUUGGAAAAAUGUAUUAAAGAUUCCAAAGCUGUUGAUUUAGAAUCAUUAUGCGUGAAAUUGAAUGAAAGGGUGUGGGCAUUUAGAGUUGAUAUAAAUGUUUUAAAUCAUGAAGGAAACAUUUUAGAUUGUGCUUCAAUAGCAGCACUUGCGGCAUUGGCCCAUUUUCGAAGGCCAGACAUAUCAUGGGAUGGAGAAGAAUUUAAAAUUUAUAGCCAUAAACAAAGAGAUCCAAUACCCACAGUCUUACAUCAUUAUCCAGUAUGUGUUUCAUUUGGAAUAUAUAAAGAAGGGGAAUUUAUACUGGCAGAUCCCAACCUUUUAGAGGAAGGUGUUGCUGAUGCAUUUUUAAGUGUUGCUUUAAAUUCCUACAAGGAACUAUGUGGUUUACAUUUGGGUGGCAAGACUCAGUUGGCACCUGAAGUAAUAUUAGAGACAACACACAAAGCUGCCAAGAGAGCAAGUCACUUGGUAGAAUUAAUAAAAGAAGCCGUAGAAAAAGACAUUGAAAAAAGACAAGCAAUGCAAUCUGUUGGUUUCCACACCAUCGAGGUGAAACAAGCAGAUAUUAGUUUAGCAGAUCUAAGUGUUUGCUUAGAUCAGUGGAGCAGCCCCAAAAAACAAAAGAAAGGUAAAAAAUCUAAAAAAGAAAAUUUGCAAAUAGAAGCCAAAGAUAAUCAAAGUGCAAAGGAACAAAUAACACAGUUGGGUGCAAGUACAGCUGAACUUGUGUUUAAGGACAAGCCAAAUUCAUCUUGGGAGGUCAUAGAGAGCGAUGAUGGGUCGGAAGAAGAUAUUGUCUGUAUUGGAACUCCAAAUGUGGAAACUAUCGAUUUGGCAAAUGCUGAAAGUGAAGAAGAAGAUGUCGUCAUCUUAAAUGCUGAGAGCAAACCCAAGAAAAAGAAGAGAAGAAAACAAAUCGCUUAAAAUAUUCAAGUUUUAUUGUAAAAAUUAAAUUAUA